CCCGCCUUGCAGAGUAACAGUAUGGGAUCCGAAUACAAUCUCAAAGAGGAACAGAAAAAAGAAAUUAUGGAGGCAUUCAAUCUCUUUGAUAAAACUGGAACGGGGACAAUUGAUGUUAGGGAGCUCCGGGUGGCUAUGAGAGCUCUGGGUUUCCAAACUGAGAAAGAAGAGAUCAAGAAACUGAGAUGUGAAGUUGACAAGGAGGGGACAGGCAAAAUCAAUUUCAUUAAUUUCUUGGCUCUGAUGACCAAAAAAAUGGCAGAAAGGGAUGUUGAGGAAGAAAUUCAGAAGGCUUUUACUCUUUUUGAUGAUGAUAACACUGGAAAAAUCACCCUCAAAAACUUAAAACGUGUGGCCUUUGACCUAGGGGAAAAUGUCAGUGAUGAGGAACUGCAGGAAAUGAUUGAUGUAGCUGAUCUAGAUAGAGAUGGGGGAGUCGAUGAAGAAGAGUUCCUGCGUGUCAUCAAAAAGUCCAGGACUUUUUGA